UGGAUCCCUGGUGAUAUGCAUAAUCACUUAGUCAGGAAGGGCAGUCUUGGUGGAGAUGCAGACAUGAAGACUGGAAUACCCAUAAUGGCGGACGGGUAACUUCCUGUAACUGACUGGUAUGUGCUAGCAUCAUUCAAAUGGACCAAUCAGGAGAGACUUCUAGAAAGUUGAAGAAGCCACCCAUCUCUCCUGUAUAUAAGUUGGCUUCAAUAGGGCACAGGUAGACACAGGGCCAGGAGAGGAGUGACCACCGUACCAAAUCAGAGGGAAUCCUGACAUCACAGACCAGGCACCUGAUCAAACCUAAGGAGAGAAAGGUUUUCCAACACUAUUCUCUAUCAUAAAGGAACCCCAAUGAAUACACCAGAGUGCCCUUCUCUAUCUUCGACUUGGCAAUGAGGUCUUCUGAGGAAAAGAAGUUUUACAACUGAGAAAUUUUUAUGAACAGAGAUGCAGUUAAAGCAAAUGGAUCAAUAAAGAUUUGGAUGUUUUGAAUUGUGGGACAUAAAAACUUAGCCAGGAUGGAAUGAGGUCAUCGCUCAGGAAGAAGCCAGAAGUGGCGAAAUGCGUCAGUGGUGAGAAAGGACGUGGCGAGGAGCACCAUACCGGGCAGGACUGCUGAACCCAGGAGCGACUCUGCAGGUCAUGAACAGGGGAAAUAAAGGAGCAGCAACCUGACCUAUACAAGUGACUCUUGAUAUGCGCAUCCUAUAUUUUGUUUGUGAGUGUAUCGGUUAAGUUUUAUUGUAUUAAAGUAAUUAAGUUUUUACACAUAUGCAUUUGCCCAACAGUAAGCGCAUUGAAAGGGAAAGGGAAGGGAAACGUGUAAUUAACCUAAAGUCUCCAAUGCUGGGUAUCCACCGAUUUAAAGUGGUUCCAAACACUACUUGAAUAAAAGGAGUUGGAAACGAAAAAGCAGAGAGUCGUGGGUUGAAAGUGACCUAUUGGAUACUGUAUAAACCCAAGGGGGUCUGUAAGUAGAUUGGCAAUGGGAAAAGAGUACCAUAAUUGGGCACAAAGAAGGGUGUUAUAAGCAAAGUUAUCCCUGGUGAUUAAAUGAUGCACAUAUGGGAUGCACAUUGGAAAUUAACAGUAUCACACUAUUUUUUUCUCUCUCUUUUCUUUCUCUUUCUUUUCCUCAUAAGACCUCAUUGCCAAGUCUAAGGCAGAAGAGGGUACUUUGGAGUAUUCAUUGAACUAUAUUUUGACCUGGGACACGAGGUAUCUGAAGUGAGUAGCAAACCCUGGAAAUUGCACUAAUUAAUAUUCAUAAAGGAACCUGGCACUUUGGUACUUAGACACCUGUGUAAGGGAGUGGGGAGGCGUUAAAGUUUUUGAUAGGGGAGGGACUUCUGUCUGGGUGCAGGCACACGUAUUGUAUUUCUGCCUAAAACUGCAUAUGGCAGCAUUCUCAGGCAGAAAUACACCCCAUGUACCUGCACUCGAGCGUAUUCAGUGCUUGUGGGUGCAGGUACAAGUAGUAGAUUUGUACAGUAUCGGGGCAGCUUCUCGGCAAGCAUUUUUCAGCUUGUGGAGACUAUGUUCUGUGUGACAAUAGCCUUAGUCUCAAAUACACAAUCCUUCAUGCUUCAUAAGAUCUGAGAUGUGCAGAUUUCUGCUUCAGGCUUGAUUUCUUCCUGUGAUGAACUGCACCCAGGCCCUCUUACUACUGUGUAUUAUGUGACUUUGGAUUCGUAUUCAAAUUCCAUCCAUAUUUAUUUAUUUAUUCUUUGAUAGAUAACUUGACAUUUGUGGUCUUAGUGAAAAUUAGAUAUUUCAUGGUUUCAAAAACCACUGGAACAACUAAAUGAGUUGAUAAAUUGGCCUCAUAAAUAGGAUUUUGACAUAAAAUGCAUACUCUUACAUUUCUUCCCAAAAUCCACUCCGUGUAUCUGCACAUGUUAUCAACCAUGUGUGUCAUUGUGUGCCUCUGAUCCACCUCUGAUCCACCUCAUAUACAGUAAGGACAGUAUUCAUAGUACUUUGAUCACUUGGUCCUUUUGACAGUUUAUUAUUUUAUUUUCAAGUUUUCAAAUUAGAUUUUAUCGCUUCCUACUCGCAAUGGUGUUUGCAAUUAUGGAAAUUAAUGAAUCAAACAAUCUUUUACCCAAUAUAACACUGGGCUUCCACCUCUAUGAUUCCUGUUAUAAUGAGAUACGGUCACUAAUAGGAGCAACAUGGAUUUUAUCUGGGAAAAAAAAUGGAGUGCCAAACUUUCACUGCAACAAGGAUCUUAUGCCACUGGCUAUUGUUGGAGACUUGCCCUCUAAGGCCUCAGAGCCCCUAGCAAGGAUCUUGGGAUUGUACAGAUAUCCGCAGAUUAGCUAUGGUUCUGUGCUGCCUUUAUUGAGCAAUAAAAUUCAGUUUCCAUCCUUCUUCAGGACAAUAUAUAACGCUGACUAUGAAUAUUUUGCCAUUGCUCAUGUGGUUAAGUACUUCAACUGGACCUGGGUGGGUAUUAUAUGUUCAAACAUUGAAUUGAGAAUAUUGGGUGCUCAAAUUGUAACUAGAGAAAUAGAGAAGAAUGGUGGAUGCAUUGCAUUUAAAGAGAUACUUCCUAUAAUCAACUCUAUGGAGUCUGUCUACCGUAUCAUUGGUCUUGUCAAGAGAUCCAGAGCAACAGUGAUCAUUUUAUUCUGUUCCAUAGAAGACCUUGUCCCUUUAAUGGAACAGGCAUCUUUUCACAAUAUCACUGACAAAGUAUGGCUGGAAAUGGCAGGCUGGUCCAUUACUUCUGACUUCCCUAGGACUGACAUCUUAACAACCUUAAAUGGGAGCAUUGCAUUAUCACCUCAAAAGGGGAAAAUUCCAGGCUUUAAGGAGUUUCUUUAUAGCAUCCAUCCUUCCAGAUUUCCAGAUGAUCCUUACAUGAAGACAUUUUGGGAGAAUGUUUUUCACUGUAUUUGGCCAGGAAAUGAUGCAGUCAAUAAUACAUCUCCAGCACUGCUUAAAGAAGACAUUGUUUGGUGCACAGGAGAGGAGAGACUGGACAGUAUUGAUCCCAAUAUAUAUGAUGUCUAUAACUUUAUAUAUUCAUAUAGAACACAUAAUGCAGUCUUUGCAGUAGCUCAUGCUUUGCACCAGAUGAAGAACUGUGUCCCAGGGAAAGGGCCUUUCAAGAAUGGAUCUUGUGCUGAUAUUUAUAACCACCGGCCUUGGCAGCUGCUUCAUUACAUCAGAAACAUAGACUUCAACAACACAGCAGGAAAAAGAAUAUAUUUUGAUGAGAAUGGGGAUGUCCCUCAGUCUGUGGAGAUUUUGAACUGGCAGCUGUUCCCGAAUGGAAGUAAUCAGUAUGUCUCUAUUGGUAGUUUUGAUUUCGGCUCUCUAAAUGGCGAGGGGCUCAGCAUUCAGCUAAACAAGAUUUUAUGGAAUGGAGGACACAGCCAAGUCCCGAGUUCGGUUUGCAGUGAUCCAUGCCCCAAAGGCUACAGAAGAGCUGCAAUUCAGGGGCAGAAGAUCUGCUGCUUUGAUUGCCUGCCAUGUUCUGAAGGAGAGAUUCUCAACCCAAAUGAUGACAGUGAAUGUCUCAAGUGCCCAGAAGACAAAUGGCCUGAUAGCAGAAAAGAAGAGUGCCUACCAAAACCCAUUAAGUUCCUUUCUUAUGAAGAGACACUGGGCUCCAUUUUAGCUUGUAUUUCAGUCUUGUUUUGUCUCGUUACAUUUUCAGUGUUCUGCCUGUUUAUAAUCAAAAGAAAGACCCCCAUAGUGAAGGCAAAUAACAGAGAUCUCAGUUACCUACUUCUCAUCUCCCUCAUGUUUGGCUUCAUGUGUUCCUUGGCAUUUAUUGGCAGACCCAACCGGAUAAUGUGCAUGAUACGCCAGGUCAUGUUUGCUGUCAUUUUUUCACUUUGCGUUUCUACCAUACUAGCAAAGACUAUCACUGUCGUAAUGAUAUUUAGUGCUACAAAUCCAGACAGUAAACUAAAGAAACUAGUGGGACUACGAAUACCCAUUUAUAUUGUCCCAGUGUGUACCAUGGUUCAGAUAAUUCUAUGCAUAGUUUGGCUGACCACAGACGCUCCAUUUGCAGAGUACAAUAUGGCAGCAGAAAUAGGAAUAAUAGUGAUUGAGUGCAAUGAGGGGUCCAGGGUGUUAUUUGCUUCUGUCUUGGGGUACAUGGGUCUCUUAGCUUCCGUUAGUUUAUUUGUUGCCUUUCUGGCUAGGAAGCUUCCUGACACAUUUAAUGAGACCAAGUUCAUUACGUUCAGUAUGUUGGUAUUUGCCAGUGUUUGGGUGACAUUUAUACCUGCUUAUCUCAGUACCAAGGGGAAACAGACAGUGGCAGUAGAAAUAUUUGCCAUUCUCUCUUCAAGUGCUGGGUGUCUUUUUUGCAUUUUUUCCCCAAAAUGUUAUAUAAUAUUACUGCACCCAGAAAUGAACAGCAGACAGUACAUCACAGGGAGAAAUACUAGAAACCAAGGGAUACAAUAGGCAUCUGAACUUAUCUGCAUUUUAUUAGAAUUACAUAUACUAAUUGAUUCCCCACAUUAUGGGUUCUGAAACAUUCAUCUUUACACUCUACAUUAUAUAUGAGCACAGAUGCCAACAUAUUCAGUUUAAAAGUAAAAAGCAGUCAUCUGUUUUGAACUCUUCUGCUUUAAAGUGUUCUCCUCCUUCCUUGGCUACCUGGCAUGUCAGUCACCCAACUGCUAGGGGUAGGGUGGGCAAGUGUAACCAGGCAGU